AUGGCCCCCCGCGGCGGCCCCAGGCGCAGUGAAGUUGCUGAACCGCAAGCUUUCCACCAGCUUGGUAUUCGUGAUACCGGUGACCGCGACGAACAUGGCAUGCAACCCUUAGACGACCUUCUUUCUUCGCCAGAACAGGAAUCCGCAUCUGAACAAAGAUACGACGAAGACAACGAUGAUGAGGAGCACGCCAAUGACCACUACGAAAGUGGAGACAACGAAGACGACGAUGAAGAAGGCAGUGAGGACAUGGACAUUGAUACAAGCGUUGGACCAGGACCUCAAACUGUGCUUCGGAGAGGCCCGCAGUAUCCUCUUCCUCGGAGUCGAUCACCUAUAAAGACCACACUAAUGUCUUCUCCUCGAAGGCACCCAAACCUUUCUUCACCAACCCGAGCGCCCUUACCCACAGAACGCGACGCUACAGUUACACGCAAAAUCGACUUUGGGGCAAAACUCCCAGGGCGCGGGAAGGCCCCCGCAAACGGAAUCAACGGUGCUUCUCACGAGGAGGACGACGCCGAUGAGACGGAAGAUGCGCCCGAGCCUGACGACGAUGUAGAGGAUGAUAUGGACCUGCUCAACGAAUCGAUGAAAUUGGUCGAGGGCAUGGGUGGAAACUCGUCAGAACCCGAGUCUGAGGCCGAAUCUGAGCCAGCGCCAGCAUCUACGCCCAAGGUCACCAAAGCAUCAGCCAAAGCGUCAGCCAAAGCCAGCACAGAACAAGCAAAAAUGGAUCCUAAAAAGCCACGCGGAAGACCACCGAAGGCCAAACCAGUAGAGAAGCCUGUGGAGGAGGAGCCAGUUGAGGAACAGGCAGAGGAGCCGGAAGAGGAAGAGGAACCAGCCAAACAUCGACCAGGACGAAAACCGAAAACCGUUGCUCAACCGAAGGAGACUAAGAAUUCUAAUUCACGGAAACGUCCAGCGCCGGAGGAACCAGAAGAGGUUGAGGAGCCAGAUAAUGAAGCAACAGAACCAGAACCGGAACCGGAGGAGGAGGAGGAAGAACCCCCUAGGCAAACCAAAAGACCACGGACUGAUCCACCUAAACUGUCAAAACCGAACAAGUCAGCGCCAUCUAAAGCUCUACCAACAGCCGAGCCAAAAGCAAGAGGGAGACCUGGACGAAAACCCAAAGCACAAGGCGCAGGCGAUGCUGGAGAUGACGUUGGAGAGACAUCGUUUGCUGCGCUCCAACGUGGACCCCCAUUACCCAAGAAACGUGGCCUGGUCUCUGUUCGUCAUGAUGCCGAUGAAGUCAAAACAACGAGAUCCGGGAGACAUUCGUAUAGGCCUCUCAGUUGGUGGGCAGGCGACAAGGUGGUACAAGAGGAGGAGGAGUUCAAGGACGUCUCAGGCCGUGAUCGCUUUGUGCUAUCUACAAUCAAAGAGGUCAUCCGCGCCCCUCAGGAGGAAGUGCGCGCGAAACCUACCAAAGCUCGAGGCCGCGCAAAGGCGAAAUCCAAACCUGUACGACAAGUCGAAGAGGUUGAGCCUGAAGAAUGGGAAAUCAACCCUGGUGUCGUCAAUGGUGAGGUCAUAUUAUGGGAGCCUGAGCACGACAAAAACCCUCCUGGUGACGAGGAGCCUGUUGAGGUCAUGGAAGACCGUAUUGCCAUCUCAGGCGACGCUAUCCAGUCUCGCGAUGUCCAAAACGCAACAUUCCGCAUGGCCAAGACACUCACAACGCCCUUUAUGGGCACUGGUGUUGUCGACCUACCACCUGGCUCUGAGAAGCGGCCAAAGAACUCGCGCAAGAUGCACAUGGUCUUCUUUGUGCACACUGGAAAGGUGCUCGUCACUGUAAACGAAGCCUCGUUCCGUCUCAGUGCUGGAGGCAUGUGGUUUGUCCCUAGAGGAAACUACUACAGUAUAACAAACGAUUACGACACAGAGUCGCGAAUAUUCUUUUCUCAAGGAUGUGAGAUAACAGCUCAACCAACAGAAGGAGAUCAAUCGCAAAUGUCCAUGAUGGCUUAG